AUGAGCGGUGGACAUCAUUACGGAGAUGUUGUCACCUUCCAGUGUUCCUCUGGGUUUGUUCCGGUUGGAUCUUCAGAAAGGACCUGCCAGGCCGACCAGACAUGGAGCGGCACUGACUUCUCCUGCCACGGUCCCUGCCCGGGUGAAUACAUCAGGUUCAAGGGAACGUGCCUGAAGUUCUCCGACGACAAGCAGACGUACCAAGGAGCAAAUGAUUCCUGCUGGGAGCGUGGCGAUGGUGGAAAACUUGUCGUCAUCAAAACUCAGGAAAUGAACGACUUCAUCGAGACCAAUCUCAGAAACAUGGGGCGCAAUGAUUCCGAUGGAAAAACAUGGAUUGGUUUGGACAACCUUACCGAUCAUGAAAAUUUUGUGUGGAGCGAUGGUAGCGCCCUGGACUACCAGAACUGGGCUCCUGACCAGCCAAGCAUAGGCACAGAGCAGUGCGUGGAAAUCCUGCCGCAGGAACACUACAAAUGGAACAACAUCCCGUGCAACGAUAGCAACUAUUACAUCUGUCAGAAAGGUACCUCAGUGGGCAGUGCCUGGGAAAUGUAAAAAAUAAUGAAUGAAAGACCUUUAUUGUACAUUUGUGCUCUAACUAGCUAAGUACAGGUCAUUAUUAGACAAGGAACAGGAUACAACAAUGACUAAACUAUACCUACUAAUGUGAUCUACUAUUUACAUGUUCAACUUCUUCUCGC